CACGGAGGAGCAGGCCUAUAUAAUCCAUCAGAUAAGCAGAGUAGCAUCACAAAUCUGCUCAUCGACCGGCCUGCACCACAGAUAACGACCUGAUCAGAAAGAUGGUACUCUUUAAUAUCUACUUCUCCAGCUGUGUGCUGCUGCUCCUCACCCUGAACACGCACACAGCAACAGGACAUCCACUGCCCGAGCUGAGCAAAGAAAGGUGCUCAGACUGUUCAGUGCUUUUUAAGAACCUCCUGCUGAACAUCACACAGCUCCUCAACAGCGACGCCUUAUGUUUUGGCAUCCCCUCGAAUGAAAUUGUGGUGAGGAGUAUAACUGACACUCUCCUGGCCUGUACGCCUAAUCUGAUCCAGAAUCCACAUUGCAUGAUGCAGAGAAAUGCAACCUUCAAUGAGACUGAAUGCCUCAGUAACAUCAUGAAGGACUUGGCUCACUAUGCUGCAGUUAUUCAGUCUUACCUCAGCUCCUCGCUCAGAAGUCCUGAGGAGGAAGUUCCACUUCUGAGCCCAACUCUGGGAAUAAUCCAGAGCCUGAGGAAGAGCUGCUCCCUGAUGCCUGAUGAAGAGAAGGACUCCUCAGAGGAGGAGGUCGCACAGCUGUGGGGAGACGACUCCUACAGAAACAGGCAGGAGAUGUGUAAGAUGAUGAGGGGCUUCUAUGUCCGGACCAUCACCAUCAACCGAGCCGUGGGCUACAUCGCCUCUGGAGAACAUCGGAAGUAAACAACCUGCCUCUUCAUCAUCAUCAUAAUCACUCCAAAUCCACCCUGCAAUAUCUCUACUUCUUUAUUUCAUCACAACUAAACAAACCAUCUGGAUCAUUCACUACCAACUAAUCAAGAAGUAGUUCUCUACACUGCACAUGCUGGAGGGCUGUCAGCACACCUCAGUUUAACUGAUGCUAAACUUAGCAGUGGAGGCCAUGUUGGCCCGUCUAAAUUUAUGAAUGUAUUCCAAUAUUUGGGGUAAUUUAUCUAUUUAUUAUAUUUCUAUUUAUUACAUCUAUUUAUUUAUUUAUUUAUUUGAUGAAAUGUGAUGUUAUAUUUUGUCAAUAAAGUAUUCAUAAGAAAUAUUUUGGGUGUCUUUUUUGUGCUGAAGUUUAAGUAUUUCAUUAGAUCUCUUUUACCCUUUUAUUGGCUUUAUAAAUCAAUCAAAGUUAAUAUAAUUUGGAUGUUUAACAACAACAAAGAAAAAAACAAAAAAAAACAUUGCUAACAUCAAAGUGAAAACAUAUGUCUACAAAGUAAUGUAAAUUAAACAAAAAUAUGUAUACAACAGAGCUCCAGCUAAUUGGUCCUAGGAGUCUCACAAUCAGUGAAAUGGGGAUCACCUGAGUGCUGUGAAUGUGUCUAAAGUGAUUGUAGUAUAAAGACACCAGUGACUA